UUUGAAGUUUUUAUACAUUUUUUAAAUUAAUUUAAGACACACAAAGAAUUAAGUUAAUAGUUUAUUUAAUUAUUUAAUUUUAAGAAGAAUGUGCAUUUCAUCUUUCUAGAAUUUAAGCUUGUUUAGUUGUUCGUAGAAAAAUAUUGUAGGAUGUUUAGAUAAUGGUAUCUUCAGUUUCGUCUCAUGAUGACGAUCUUUUAAGCAGCGCUUUCGCAAAUAUCAGUUUGAUUGCGGAUAAAGCUUGGGCCUACGACCCGGAAGAUUUGUAUCGAAAGCUGAACCAAUCCCUGUGGGUUCAGAUUUGUAAGCUAAGUGUGCAGCAUUCUAAGAAUGGAAACUCGCAGAUUAAACGAGUACGUGACGUUAUUCCUGGAUCUAGAUUGGCUCUAUAUGGAAAUUUCGAGUACGAUGAAGAACGAGAAAAAAAUUACAAAUCUGAGGAAAAUUUUAGGAUUGAACAUUGCGUUGGAACUCAAAGAGUUGGAGUACCAGAACCUUGGAUGUUACAAGAAGUUGAGGAGUACUUCACCCGGUUAAGUCGACAAGUAUCUGCAGCCACGCAUGAUGAACAUUUUGUCUUGAGAAGACCGCAAUACGGAAGAAUGAAAAAUAAUGGAAUCGACAUUAUAGUCAAGGAAAAGGAAGAGGCUUUGCUAAAGAGGAGUAAUAUCACGACUCCAGUUACUCUAGUUGGAAAUCACGAUGGAAGGGAUUCUACAGAACGCCCAUAUAAUUUGAAUAAGGAAAACGACAAAUUUGUCCCACUUCGUUACACUAUCGAAAACCUCGAGGAAAUGGAAUUACAAUUUCGCAUCACAUCCGAUACGGUCCGCAAUUUAUGGAGUCAGGUGCCUCUUCCAGAAACUUAUCCCUAUUCGCCGCACAUGAUGCAACCGCAUCCUCUGAUACAACGCCCAGAACUAGUGCACCUUCAACUUAGUCAAAAACCACAAAAAGCGCGAAAUAAUCAUGAACUUCAUUUUUACAACUGGCAUAAUCAGCAAACUUUCAUCAAAGUUGGACAUUAUAUUCCCACUACUAACCAGGCUAUCGGUCUAAUUCGAGGACCUCCGUUGCCUAUUUUGAGUCCUGAAGUGCCUGAAUUUUUUCCAAAAAAAUGUGCGACCCCAUUCAGUGAAUACGGUGAAAGAGGGGUACCUUUACAAUUUUUCCCCUCGACGUCUGAAACUUGUUAUCAAGAGGAAAUGUUUCCUUAUAACCGAAGGCAGACUGCAACCCCUGUGCCCCAUGGUCCCGCAUUUCAAGGGGCCAGUAUACCAAUUUUGCCUCAUCCAGCAAUAAAUACCAUAAUCCAACAUCCUCAUCAGUGGUUCCACCGAGUAGGUUUACCUUUUCAAUUGCAAGUGCCUGCCUGUACACCACCCCAAACACUUUGUGCCUCUAUUCAACCACUUUGUCCAACUCUUCUCCAACGUCCAGUCCAAUUGCCUGAGAAACCGAUACUUCCGAAUCACGUAACAGCAGCACCUAUUCCCGUCUAUCAAAGACCCCCAGAGUUAUAUCAAGAGUAUCCACAACGUCGGAAAAAUCAAGGGGUCGAUUUCAACAAUCUAAUACUCUUGACAAAAAGCGCUAUCAAAACACGAAAGACUCAAUCCAAGUUUCCUCAGCAGAAUUCAAACAUUACAAGUUCGAAAUCAAAUUCAGAUUUUCUGUGGCCCGAUAAAAGAAAAGAGGAACAAGGCUCAAGAGAUUUUGUUUCUGAAUUCCAAAAUUUGGAAAAUAAAUGCUUCUGUUUAAAAACAAAGAGUUCUGAGCAGGACAGAUUCUAUAAAUCAGAAACAAGUAUUCUAGUGAAUGAAGUAGAAGUUGAUAAAAGCCGGAAAAAGCGACUUUAUAGAGAUGUUCUGACAAAUUCUCCAUCGCUCACGUCAAUUGAUUGUGAGGUCCAUGAAAAUUCUUUUGAGAAAACUUACGAUGACCUUGAACGACAAGCAAUGGAACAAUAUAGAGCUUCUGAAGAAUGCUUGGCUCUUCGGUAUCAAGAGCUCGAACGCCAAGCUUUGGAGCAGUACAAAAACGGUGAAAAUUCCAGUACUACGAAUUUUCUAAAAAUCGAUUUCGUUCAGGCAGACUAUUCGGAGGGGAGCGACGAUCAAUCAUCACUUUUAGAAAAUAAUUGUGUUAGCGAAGAGUGUCCGGAAUUCGGUAGCUGCAUUUCUGUUGAAAAGUCCUCUUCUGCGAAAGAAAGAAGUGUCCUUCACCAAUCCAAAAUCACUAUUUCAAAGCCAGAGGGAAGAUUCGAGUCGAGUAAUCUUCAUCGUUACGGUAGCCAUACAAGUAUUCACUCUAGAGUAAUUGAAAAAAGUCUGACGACCUUAAGCCGCAAUAUAAAUGAAGAUUGGAAACGCACAUCUAAGGGGGCAUCAGGCGAUAAAAUCGAUGAAACCGUAGAGUACAACAAGGCUGUGCGGGGGACACUCAUUGACAAAUCUUGGAUUACUGCGCAGGAAAUUUUAAGAGAAUUCUUGGAGGGUUGGAAAUCUCGCAGCAAUCUAGCAUUCGUGAGAAAUCUUGGAAAUCUUUGGCUAUGUGCAUUCCAAUAUACGAUCCUAUGCGUGGGAUGA